GAACUGUUGGGGUUAGCUAGUUGAGUUCGAGUACAAUUUCCUGCAUUUGCUGGGAGUUUUUUCUAGGGUUUAAUUGAGUUUUAGCGUUUACUCCUCCCGAGAUCUGCCACUCAAGAUUUGGUAUUGUUUGACGAGGAGCAGUCUUCUUCUAUUAUAUCGUUCAUGGAGGGAAUUGGGGGCGAUGCUGCCUCAGCGGUGGCACCACUGGCCAAAUGGAGAAGUGACUUCUCGAGGGCUUUUCAGUACUAUUUGGAUAGGUCUACUCCUCAUCCAGUCCAAAGGUGGCUGGGAACUCUUGGUGUCGCUGCCAUUUAUGUUUUGCGUGUUUAUUACGUUCAAGGGUUUUACAUUGUGUCCUAUGGUCUGGGGAUAUAUGUUUUGAAUCUCUUGAUCGGGUUUCUGUCUCCAAAGAUUGAUCCGGAGCUGGAAGUUUUGGAUGGGGCUUCAUUGCCGACAAAAGGUUCAGAUGAAUUCAAGCCAUUCAUUCGCCGCCUCCCUGAGUUUAAGUUCUGGUAUUCUAUCACGAAGGCCUUCUUGAUAGCCUUUGGUAUGACUUUCUUCUCAAUGUUUGAUGUCCCUGUCUUUUGGCCUAUUUUGCUGUGCUACUGGGUGGUUCUAUUUGUUCUCACGAUGAAGCGACAAAUCCUACACAUGAUGAAAUAUAAAUAUAUUCCGUUCAGCAUUGGCAAACAGAAGUACACUGGAAAGAAGUCUUCCCCAAGGAGUAGUGGUUUACCCAGGGACUGAAGUUUGUUGAAUUCAUAACACAUGAACGGGCAACGAGAAGUAAGAUACAUGGAUUGUGUGAAAUUUCUUGAUUCUGGGUUAUAUCCUGAUGGAAAUUAGAACAUAUAUUUCAUGUCAGUAUGUGUGUUUAGAAGGUCGAAGUUCGCUCAUGCCUUUUUCUGUGCAUACAUACAUGAUAAAGAUUCUUUGUUUCCUGUUGCCACAAUCAAAGGAUAUGCAAUAUAUUUUGC